GGUGCACCUCCGGGCAGCCCUCAGUUCCGAAAACACGUGGUGUCAAGUUAGAAUUUUUGACAAUUUCUAGUGAUCCAAUCAAUUCCAACAGCCCUCCCCCAAUUCUUAAAUUAAUUAGACAACUAAGGAGUGAUGGAGUACAUGGAGAACAUCGAACUGCCUGGGGCGUCGACAGCUCGAGUAUUGUGCUGUCGUUGUGGCACAGUGAUAGAGCCCAACCCCUCGAACAUGUGCGUCGCCUGCCUGAGGACAGAGGUGGACAUCACCGAGGGAAUCCCAAAACAAGCGACAAUACACUUCUGCAGAGGCUGCGAGAGGUACCUCCAGCCUCCCAACGAGUGGAUACCAGCUGCCCUGGAGUCCAGGGAGCUCUUGUCACUGUGUUUGAAGAAGCUCAAGGGCCUCCAGAGGGUCAAACUCAUUGACGCUGGCUUCGUUUGGACCGAGCCACAUUCCAAGCGAAUAAGGGUAAAACUCACUGUUCACGCUGAAGUAAUUGGUGGAGCUGUUCUCCAACAAGUCUUCAUAGUUGAAUUCAUCAUAACUCACCAGAUGUGCGAUGACUGUCACAGAACAGAGGCGAAGGACUACUGGCGUGCAUCAGUGCAGGUACGCCAAAAGGCCAUCAACAAGAAGACGUUCUACUACUUGGAGCAGCUGAUACUGAAGCACAAGGCACACGAGCAGACACUGGGGAUAAAACCCAUUUACGAGGGUCUAGAUUUCUUCUAUUCCAAUGAGGCCUCAGCGAGAAAAAUGGUGGACUUUUUGGUGGCUGUGCUGCCUUGUCGUUAUCAGCAGUCGAAGAAACUCAUUUCUCACGAUAUUCACAGUAAUAUCUAUAAUUAUAAGUUUACGUACAGCGUUGAAAUCGUUCCAAUUUCCAAACAUAGCGUUGUAUGUCUCCCCAAGAAACUGACGCAUCAGUUGGGAGGAAUAAGCCCUAUUGCUCUCGUCUACAAAACAACGAGUGCAUUGCACUUGAUCGAUGUUUCUUCAGGACAAAUUGCUGAAGUAAGUGCGACUGUCUAUUGGAGACAUCCCUUCAACAGUAUCUGCAAUCCAAAGCAGUUGACCGAGUACGUGGUGAUGGACAUAGAGCCCAUCAGAAACAGCGAGAAGAAAGUGUUUCCAGGUCAGGGGGCCAUAUCCAACAAGCAUGUUGUGGCUGAUGUCUGGCUGGUGAAGGCAUCAGAGCUUGGGGUUAAUGAUAAUCCAGUUCAUGCACGAACUCAUUUGGGCCAUGUUUUGAAGCCCGGAGACUCGGCAAUGGGAUAUGCAGUUGGAGACAGCAACAUCAAUGAUCUCCAUUUCGAUAAGCUCUCGCAGGACAGCAUUCCUGAUAUAAUUCUGGUGAAGAAGUACUAUGGAACAGAGAGGACUGCGAGGCGAAGGGCGAGAAUGUGGAAGUUGAAACAUUUACAUGAUGAGGUGGUAUCCAUGGGCACCGAUAACAAUGAUUACAAUGAAUUCUUGGAGGACCUUGAGGAAGACCCAGAGAUGCGUCAGAAUAUCAACAUCUUCAGGGACUCGAGUAAACAAAUACCGGUGGACUCCAACGAUUUGGACCCGAAUAUACCGCAGAUUACGCUCGAGGAAAUGCUGGAGGAUUUGGUGAUCGAGGACAGCGAAAUGGCUGAGGUUUAUGAAUGAUGUAAACGAUUGAGAACGAAACUGGUUUAAUGGGGAAAGGGGGAGAAUGUUUUCAGUGUAAUUAUUUGAAUAAACAAGCUCUUG